GCAGCGCUUCAAUCAGUCGCACUCGUGAUUCCGACCGCUGCAGUGAGCUGCUCCAACUCGUUCAGCUCGUGGAGCGCUGCCGGAGGUUGUUGGUCAUUUUCAGUACAAAGCUGUGGCCUCCUCAGCGGCUGCACCGCAGAACAACGGUUUACUCCAACUUCGAACUUUGGCGGUACUUCUGAAGUCAACCAGGUUAUCACUUUGACGUCGGUGGCGUUGGCGCAAGGGCAAGCCGGCACACUGCGAUUCGCAGGAUCCGCAGAAGCAAGCGUUGGCUCGUCGGGAUCGUCAUCGCUGGUUCUCGAGUGCUGGAACAGCGCGAACGGGUUGCUGAACUCGGUCACGGCUUCUACGACUGCCGCCACAACACUGUCCACACUGGUUGCAUGCCCUUCAAACACAGCCUCCCUAAGAUUCCGGAUGGGGUUUACAACAACAUGGACCACUUCCAGUUAUGAAUUCAACUAUCCGACCAUUUCGCUGUCAGGAGCACCUAAUGCGCCUGCUUCAGUGUCGUCCUCAUCCGUGUUGGCCACCUCGACCACCUUGUCCUGGACGUGGACAAACAGUGCGCCAAGCUCGCAGCCGUUCGGCAGUUUUGACGGCAAGGUUUGCACGGGCUCUGGCUUGACUGGGACGUGCACUUCCUUCUCCAGUACAUCAGCGUCACUCAGCACGGCAAUCAGCGCUCUCAGUGUCGGGACGACCUAUUAUGUCGGCGUCCGAGCUUGUGGGUCAAGUGUGUCGAGUGCGACAUGCUCGGCAUUCACGACGACUACUUUCCAAACACAAGGCGUGCGAUACGUGACCACGUACAGCGAGUGCAGCGCCUGCAAUUCGACGGCCGCCCUCCUCACUCAGACGUGCGUCACUGCCACCACAUCCACUCCCACUGCAAUGGUUGACUGCCAAGCGCAGCCGUCCCCGGCCUCCUCGCGCAGCUGCAACCCAGUUUCCGACUGGUCGUUAGGACAGUGCACACAGGACGAAUCUACCAGCGAUCACGGCGAGUCCCACUGCACGCAAUCGCGCACGCGCAGCUACACCUCCCCGGACGCGAUUACCAACACUACUUCGUGUCCGUUGACUGAUACGACGUCUUGCAAGUGCGGUGGUCCCAACGUGGGCACUACCAGAGCGUCGCAAGUUUCUCUAAGCAAAUCCACCACUCCCAGCUCGCACGCGGACGUGAGGCAGACCACCGCCUCCGCUACUGUGACGUUGGCAACCAGCGGUGACAGGUUGACGCGCAGUUCCGCGACUCCUUCAAUGCCUGAUGCUGCUUCGACUUCAGUGCCUGAUGCUGCUUCGACACCAGUGCCUGAUGCUGCUUCGACGUCAGUAGCUCUUGGAUCUGUUGUGACGUCGGUGCCUGGUGCCGCCGUUUCUUCUCCAGUUGUCGCCGCAACGAGCACCAAUCCCGAAAGCACAGUCGCCUCUGCCGCCAUUUCGUCCCACACUCCAGGCGUCUCUACAGCACUGCCUGGCGAAGGUGCGCCAGAUCCAUCAGGCGCAAGCUCGUCGAUGAGCCUCAUCGGCCCAGUUGUCGGCGCUGUUCUGGGCGUUCUCUUGCUGGUCAUUGUUAUUCUUGUUGUUGCGCGUCGUCGUCGUCGCCAACGCCAAUCCAAGCGGUCUGUUUCUUCGAUCGAAUUGAUGUCGCCUCGGUCGCCGCGCAAUGGCGUUGCAACGACUGACGACCACAUUCAAAUGAUGCCCAACGAGUUGACUGCUCCCGCCAGCAAGAAGAACAACACCAGGAGCAAACAGGAUGAUCUGUAUGCAACGACACAAGAUGUGGCUUGGGAAUCGCUCUACAGCACAACCCAAGAUGUCGCUGGUGAUGGUGGACUGUAUUCCAGUGCUCAAGAUGCGGCAAACCACGGCACGUACGCUGAGGUUAGCAAGAGCCAGCUCGCCGACGCAAUGAAGGCUGGACCAUCUGGCGAGCAGUAUGCAACUCCUACAUCGAGCGCAUCGGUUGCGAUUGGGCCCCUCGGCGACGAGUACUCCUUGGUGAACAAGAGCAAGAAAUCAAGUUCUGCUCAUCUGGUCAACAUUGGUCCGCGAGGUGAUCAAUACGCGGUCGUGAACAAAACUAGCAAGUCGUCCGUGUCUGUGGUCACGUCUUCGGACUACGAGGAGCUCAGUGCCGCCCCUAGCGCGACCAUCAUUGGCCCGGCCGGCGAUGUUUACUCUCGACCACUCCGAGGGGCAAGCUCAAGCCCACCUGAGCCGCUCUACAGCUCUCCGAAUGAUCAAAUAGCGGCUCCUUUCGACACUAGUGGUAGUGCGGUGUAUGACCGACCAUCCGAUGUUUGAUUUUUGUUUUCAUCUCAACAUCUAGAAAAUUUUUCGCAUGAUAGGCCGUGUAAUCUUUGUUUGUUUUCAUUAAAUAAUCUUCACAAUCUGUA